UCCAGAGACAGGCUGGGAGAAACCAAGAGGUAGACGCUGGGACAUGUACAGUCUCAAGUUAUUGCGAGAGCCGAGUGUCACAGGAGGCAAAGCAGAGUACUAGGGACCCAAGUGGAAGGAAGUCGGAGGGAAUUUUCGGUGGCACAGAGGGGCAGGAGGUGGACAACCAGGAGGGCACAGCGAAAGGCAUGAAAUGCCUGGCUUCUGGAGAACAUUAUGUGCGGGGAGGAAGAAGAAGUACCAGGCUGAUCCUGAAGUGGUGGUUGAGCAGGUCCAAUGCACCAAGAGCCAUGAGCUGAGAACCUUCAAAAAAAUGGCCUUGUCUGAUGAUGAUGAUGUGAAAAUCAUGCUUAAUGGCUCCCAGCUGUGGAAAAUAAAGCCAGGAUGGCAACAGCAGAGACUUUACCAACUUGAGUCUGAUGGUAUGACCAUCUGGUACCAGAGCCGAGCAAAAAAGGCCCGCUCCAAGCAGAUCUUCUCCAUCUUACACAUCGAUUCUGUCCGUGAAGGUCAUCAAUCAGAAGGCCUACGGAAACAUGGCCGCCGCUUCCCAGAGAGUUGCUGUUUCAGUAUCUCCUUUAUGGGGAGGAGAAAAAACCUGGACCUGGCUGCCAGUAGUGAACAAGAAGCCCAAAGUUGGAUCCACGGGCUGCAGAAACUCGGGCAAAGGGCCAUAGCUAUGAGCCAGCGGGAGAAGUUAGUCCAUUGGAUCCGAGAUUAUCUCCAUCAGGCGGAUAGAGAUGGAGAUGAGAAGAUGAGUUUUCAAGAAGUGAAGGACAUGCUGAGGAUGAUAAACAUUGAUAUGAAUGACAUCUACGCCUACACGCUCUUCAAGAAAUGUGACCGCUCUAACACGGAUAGGCUGGAGGACCAUGAAAUCGAGGAGUUCUGUACCCAGCUCAUGUACAGGCCAGAGCUGGAGGAAAUAUUUCACGAGUAUUCUGGCGAGGACCGUGUCUUGUCUGCAGAGGAGUUACAAGAGUUUCUGCAGCAUCAGGGGGAAGAAGCCACCCUAGAAAGGGCACGGGAGAUCAUCCACAAGUAUGAGCUGAAUGAGAAAGCUAAGCAGCAUGACCUGAUGAUGCAAGAGGGCUUCAUGAUGUACCUGCUGUCUGCAGAGGGAGACAUCUUUAAUCAGAAGCACAGGAAAGUGUAUGAGGACAUGACUCAACCCCUGAGCCAUUACUUCAUCUCCAGCUCCCACAACACCUACCUGACCAACCACCAACUGGUGGGAAGCAGCAGCACCGAAUCCUACAUCAGGGCAUUUAUGGACGGCUGCCGCUGUGUAGAGCUGGACUGCUGGGAGGGGACAAACGGAGAGCCGGUCAUUUACCACGGACACACGUUCACCUCGAAGAUCCUCUUCAAAGACGUCAUAGCCACCAUCAAACAUUACGCAUUCAAAUAUUCCGCAUAUCCGGUCAUUUUGUCCAUUGAGAAUCACUGUGGGCUGGAGCAGCAAGUGAAGAUGGCUCAUCACCUUCGUACUAUCCUUGGGGACAUGUUAAUAACAAAACCAUUAGAUGUUAAAGAUCCUCCACGGCUUCCAUCCCCUGAGGCAUUGAGGGGGAAGAUCCUGGUGAAGGGCAAGAAGCUGAGUGAGCGUAGAUUAGCAGAAGAUGAAGAAGGAAGGGCUCGGAUGGAAACGGCUCAGGAGCUUUCUGACCUGGUAAUAUACUGCCAGUCGGUGGAGUAUCGGGAUCAACCAGGCAGUGUAUGUGAGAUGAGCUCGUUCAGCGAGGACAAAGUGCGCAAACUGAUGAAAGAGUCUGGAAAUACUUUGGUGCGCUACAAUACCCGGCAGCUCAGCCGUAUUUACCCUGAUGCGCUGAGAGCCGGCUCUUCCAACUUUAGUCCUCAGGAGAUGUGGAAUGCCGGCUGCCAGCUUGUGGCACUAAAUCUUCAGACCCCAGGCUAUAAGAUGGACCUGAAUCGAGGGCGUUUUCAGGACAAUGGUUGUUGUGGAUAUGUGCUGAAACCAGACUUUCUCCGGAGAGAAGACACAUGCUUCAACCCAGAAGACCUCAGCAGCAGCAUGAAGAUUCUAAAUAUCAAGAUCAUUUCAGCUCAGCAACUUCCAAAGCUAAACCAGGAAAAUCCAAAUUCCAUUGUUGAUCCAUUUGUCCGAGUGGAGAUUCACAGUCUGGGGAGGCGGAGGGAACAGGAGACCACUUACAUCCUCAACAAUGGGUUCAACCCCACAUGGAACGAGACCCUGCGGCUGGAGGUCCUCUGCCCAGCCCUAGCCCUGGUAAGAUUCGUGGUGGAAGAUUACGACAAGACAUCCAGUAAUGACUUUGUGGGACAGUACACACUGCCAUUCCCCAGUCUGAAGCAAGGAUAUCGCCACGUCCAUCUACUCUCUAACGAUGGAGCCUCCCUGACUCCAGCUACGCUGUUUGUCCACCUGCACAUCGAGGACCCUGGACAGUCCAGACCCGACUCCUGCCCUAGUGGCUAAAGCAAUAACCGUGCACCAUCUAAGUGUCAAGAAGCCCUAGAACAAAGUGACCUUUCCAGAACCCUCAGAGGUCCAUAUCCUGGCGUCAGAUGUCCACGUACAAGACUCUUAUGGUGCCCAUUUCUCCAUGUAUGCUGUGCUGUCCAGGUCUUUCCUGUGCCUUAUCCUUAGUGAUGUCACUGACAUUCCAGAAGCCAAGAUACUAAGUAGUCAUUAGGAAACAGGGUAUCCCAAUACAAGCCAAUACAAGCUCUAAAAGCGAGCAGGAAGUUCAAAUCAAUCA